CUCCACCUCCCAAGAAACAAUUAUGUGCCUGCAGCCUGAUUUACUAUCGCAGCGCCAGUGGUAGCAGCAGCCUGCGACGGACAUGGCCAUCGGCGAUCUCUUCCACACAGUAUCGGUGCUCGUGAACACGUGCACCAAGCACAUGUCACGUGCCACCAGAAGGAUCCGGAGCCACGGGACCUUCUCCAAGCUGUCUUUCAGCAAGAGUAGGGCUGCUCCCUUCCUCGCGCGGGGUGCCAGCUUCAUCCCUUUCCUCGACGCCAAGAAGAAAGGCGUCGAGGGGGAAGGGGAUGACGACAAGACGAGCAAAUCAUCCGAAGAAGAGGAAGAGAUCGAAGAGGAGGAGCGACUGUGGCAGAGGACGAUACUCAUGGGGGAGAAGUGCCAGCCUUUAGAUUUCUCAGGUGUCAUAUACUAUGACAGCGCCGGGAGGCAGCUUAAGGAGCUCCCCUUCGUUCCCCGCUCGCCACUUCGAAGCCCGCUGCCUUCUUUCGCCACCCAUAACGCCGUCGUUCACUCGGAAGAAGUCUAGUUCCUCUCGGUACCUACAAACUCGGCUAUGUUUGUUCUGUUUUUCUUUUUGAUGCCUUUCUUUCUGUUUGUUAAUGGUAAUGAUCUUUUUUCUGUUUGAAAUUAGGUGGGUUUUAGUUGAAGUUUUGUUUAAUUUGUUCAUGAGUAAAUGAAAGAGGUUCAUCA